CCGGGAGGGCUUCGGUUUUCUCAACUCAGAACCGAACCUUGCUUUCUCGCGCGGGUUUGGAUCGAGGUCCGUCGUCUCUUAUUCUCAAAACCCUACGCCGCAAAACCCUCGACCAUCGUCUCUCAGCCCCUUCCCAUCCCCUGGAGCUUCUCCGGGCUAUUCUUGGAGUCCACAAGAGAAAGAGAAAGAGCAUCGAAAUUUUCUAUAGAAUAUGGCUCGCUUCAAGAAUAGGAGGAACAAGAAGGUGAUCGCCAAGCCACCCGUGGUGAAGAAGCAGCCAAACGUGGAUCAGGUCACCGGCGAUAAGAUCCCCAAGAGCUUCGUCUUUUCUAGGGGCAAGCUUCCCGGCCCUCUCAAACAGCUCGAAUUGGACCUCCGAAAGGUCAUGCUCCCCUACACCGCCCUCAAAUUAAAAGAGAAGAAAAGAAAUAACAUCAAGGACUUCUUGAACGUUGCUGGACCGAUGGGCGUCACUCAUUUCUUAAUGCUAUCGAAUCCAAAAAGCGUUCCCCAUUUGCGCGUCGCGAGGACGCCUCAAGGCCCGACGCUGAGCUUUGAAAUCCGUGAGUUUGCGCUCGCAGCUGAUGUUGCUCGGUCCCAGGCUCGUCCGAGAUGCCCGCAAGAACUCUUCAAGAACUCACCUUUGAUUGUACUUUCUGGCUUUGGGGGUGGAGGUCAACAUUUGAAGCUCACCACUAUUAUGUUUCAGAAUAUAUUUCCAGCUAUUGAUAUAAAUACUGUAAACCUCUCAGCAUGUCAGAGGAUUGUGUUGUUGAAUUACAACAGUGAGACGAAGCUUAUUGAUGUUCGGCAUUAUUCCAUUAGGUUACAACCCGUUGGUGUCUCUCGUAGGAUAAGAAAGUUUGUGCAGAACCAUCAAGUACCAGAUUUGAGGGGUCUUCAGGAUGUUAGCGACUUUGUGACCAAGGCUGGUUAUGGUUCCGAAAGUGAAGCAGAUGAAGAAGCAGCAACAGUAAAUCUGGCAAGCGAUCUGGGUAGAGUAAACCGUGCGUCUGCUAAAAGCGCUAUCAAGCUUCAGGAGAUUGGACCUAGGAUGACAAUUCGUUUAGUUAAAAUUGAAGAAGGAUUAUGCUCUGGAGGUGUCAUAUUUACUGAAUUUGGGAAAGAAGCUGCUGAAGCAAAUCAAGAAGCAGACGAAGAAGCACAAGAUGAAGAAUAGUUUCUUUGACGGGCCAUCUUUGCAGAUCAAUGAAUAUUAUGAGGGGUGCCUGAGUAACUCAGUAUCCAGAAUGUAACAAAACCGCACAAUGAGCUAGCUGAGCCAUCCAUCUGUGAUAUGCCAACAUAAAGAUGUUUCCUUCAUUUGAAGGAAGAUUCAGUGUCUGCUUCAUUGCUUUUCUUGGUGGAAAGAACUGGGCAAAAAGAGACAUGCUGUAAAAAAAUCCUUGUGGGUGGUUUUGGUCAUUUUAUUCACUUUUAGGUGCUAAAGGAGAGGUCUUUCCAACUGUUGGAAGAGAGGCUCAGAAAGCAGAUGGCAUUAGGUCCUUUUGGUGCACCAUUUAUGGCUUUAGAACACUGUAGCUAACUUUUUAUUGUUCACAAGUUUUGCUUGCCGAUUGAUAUUUUAAUGCAUGACAUCAUAGGGAGCUUGUCAAGUGCUGGCAUAUUUUCUGAAUGAUAAAAUGCUGCUUACAACC